ACGAUCCUUUCCUCGUCCUCAUAAUAUUCUCUUCCCACUUCCCACUCUCACUCUUACUCUCUCUCUCUCUCUCUCUAUUCCUCUAAUAAAAGUGAAGCAAUAAAAGAUGACGAGCUCCCUCCACCCUCUCCUCCUCCAACUUCUCCUUCUCCUCCCUUUGUCUCCUCCUCCCUCGGCCUCCGCCGCGCGAUUCGCGUGCGGCGGCGGCACGUGCCAGUCGCUGCUCGGCUACGCUCCCCCGAACGCCACCACGCUCGCGGAGGUGAAGUCGCUGUUCCAGCUCCGGUCCCUCCGCGGCUCCCUCCUCGCCCCCAACUCUCUCCCCCUCUCCACCCCCUCCUCCCUCCCCCUCCCCCUCCCCGCCGCCUCCCUCCUCCGCCUCCGCCUCCCCUGCUCCUGCUCCCGCGGCGUCGGCGCCUCCUUCCGCCGCCCCCUCUACAUGGUCAAGGCCGGCGACACCCUCGACGCCAUUGCGCGGGGGACCUUCGCCGGGUUUGUUACCUCCGGCGAGAUUGCGGCGGCGAACAAUCUGUCGGACCCGAACCGCGUCGCCGUGGGGCAGCAGCUGUAUGUGCCGUUGCCGUGCAGCUGCGACGCCGUCGGCGGCGAGGAGGUGGUGCACUACGCCCACGCGGUGGCGGCGGGGAGCUCCGUCGCGAGGAUCGCCGCGGAGUUCGGGACGACGGAGGAGACUCUGAUGAGGCUGAACGGGAUCAAGGAUCCCAACGGCCUGCAGGCCGGCCAAAUUCUUGAUGUCCCGCUGCGAGCUUGUUCCUCAUCAAUAAGCAGCACUUCUAUCGACCGCAAUCUUCGUGUCCCAAACGGUAGCUACAUUCUUACUGCCAACAACUGUGUCCUCUGCAGCUGCAGUUCCUCCUCAUGGCAGCUCGAUUGCCAUCCUACACAGGGGAUAAGCUCGUCAACUUGUCCCGCCGCAAUGUGCGGGAACAUGUACCUCGGCAAUACAUCAUCCAGCUCACCCUGCGAACGCGCAACAUGCGCAUAUACGGGCUACACGAAUAAGACCUCCUCCUUCGCCAUCCUCACGAAUCUGACCAUCCAGUCCUUGUGCAACACUAGCGGAGCACCGCCGCUGUCGCAGCCUACCAGUGGCGCAGCAUUAAGGCUGGGAUUGCAGGGCGUGAAGUUGACGGAGCUUCUCAUUUUCUUUCACAUUGCUUUGCUGUGUCUUGCUUUUCUAAGUCGAUGUUAGGAGGAGUCGAUUUUUUGUCGAUGUGGGUCACUUUUCUUGUGUUGUGGCACCAAUUGAGUAGAGACUAAUAACUAGCUGUGCUGAAACCAGACUGCUAUCAUGAGAGGACUCUAAAACUGUUUAUAUGAGAAGGUAGUUUUGGAUUUAGAAUGUAACUCUCUGGUUUAAUGAUUCAAACUAUUAGACCAUUUUGAAAUAGGCCAUGCUGAUUGCUCU